CAAGCCGAGCUAGUUAGCCGCUAAUGUGAGCUGAGAAUAGCGUCAAGAAGCUAAGCUGGUGCCGUAGCUGGCUGUCUCGUUUCAAACAGCAGGUUUAUCUUAAGGAGUGGUGUCGAAGCCAUUGGACAGCCUCGUUUGAAGUUUUCUAACGUUAAAAUUAACGGGAUAGUCUGCGGAUUAUUUUAAGCAGACUUUUUGAAAACCUUGUUGUUUUACGUCAGCCAGCUAGUAACCAGCAGUAACCUGCCUGAAACCAUAGACUGUAUAAAAUGUUUUCAAGCUGCUUCAUGUUGGGUUUCAACACAGACUUUUGGAGAUUAUGCUAGAAUGCACAUAUUGGCCUUGCACAAACUAGCUCCUUUGAAGCUUGCCCCAUCGCUGCCCUUGCAGGAGGACUUUGUCUAUCACUGGAAGGCCAUUACACAUUAUUACAUUGAGACUUCUGAUGACAAAGCCCCAGUUACAGACACCAACAUCCCAUCCCACCUGGAACAGAUGCUGGACAUCCUGACCCAGGAGGAAGGGGAGAGGGAGUCUGGAGAGACAGGACCCUGCAUGGAGUAUCUCCUACACCAUAAGAUACUGGAGACUCUCUACACCUUGGGCAAGGCAGAUUGUCCUCCAGGGAUGAAGCAGCAGGUUCUUACCUUCUACACAAAGCUGCUAGCGCACAUUCGUCAACCUCUUCUGCCACACAUCAAUGUCCACAGACCUGUACAGAAACUGAUCCGUCUGUGUGGGGAGGUGCUGGCUGCUCCUACAGAAAAUGAAGAGAUUCAGUUCCUUUGUAUAGUCUGUGCCAAACUGAAGCAGGACCCAUAUCUUGUCAACUUCUUCCUUGAGAACAAGUCAAAGAGACCUGAGACAAAGAGUCCUGGACAAACAGAGGUGGUGAAGGAGAAUGUGUUGGCUCCAGACACUGGUCAGUCUCUGGCAGAGGAACAGGCUGACUGCCCUGAGGAACCACAGGCUGCAGCUACUGCCUCCACCUCUAGUCCAACCACGAACAAUAAUAACAGCAACAAUUACAAUCUUGUCACCUCCCUGCUCAACCUCACAAAGAGCCCUGAUGGCAGGAUAGUGGUGAAGGCGUGUGAGGGCCUGAUGCUGCUGGUCAGUUUACCAGAGCCCGCAGCUGCCAAGUGUUUAACUGAAAACACUGAGCUCUGUGAGCUUCUGACUGACAGGCUGGUCUCCUUCUAUAAAGCCCUGCCACAGUCCAUGGACCCCUUGGACAUUGAAACAGUGGAGUCAGUCAACUGGGGUCUGGAUGUGUAUAACCUGAAGGAGGAUGCUGCUAUCUUCACAGGGAAGAGGGCUCUCAUCUCCUUCCUGUCCUGGCUAGAUUACUGUGACCAGCUCAUCAAGGAGGCUCAGAAGUCAGCAGCUGCAGUGAUGGCAAAAGCAGUGAGAGAAAGGUUCUUUGUGUCCAUUAUGGAACCGCAGCUAAUGCAAACGUCCGAGGUGGGCAUCCUGACCUCCACAGCCCUGCUGAACAGGAUCAUCAGGCAGGUGACCUCAGAGGCUCUGCUGCAGGAGAUGGUUUACUUCCUGCUGGGAGAGGAGAGGGAGCCGGAGACUCCAGCUAGUAUUGCUCAGACUCCACUCAGACACAGGCUCAUCGAGCACUGCGACCACCUGUCAGACGAGAUCAGCAUCAUGACACUGCGGCUAUUUGAGCAGCUGAUCCAGAAGCCCAACCAGCACAUCCUCCACAGCUUGGUGCUGCGUAGCCUGGAAGAGAGGAACUACCUGGAGAACAAACCGCAGGAGGAGCGGGAGCCCCUGGAGAACGGGCAGCCCCAUGAUGCUGUAGACCUUGAGGAGGAUCCACUUUUUGGUGAUGACCCCUCUCCAGACAGCAGGCUGUCUGGUUCUGAUUGGGUCAGCUCCUCUCCACCACAGAGUCCUGACCACUCAAAGUCUGACGGGAAGACGGAGGUCCACAAGAUUGUCAACAGUUUCCUGUGUUUGGUGCCCGAUGAGGCAAAGUCGUCGUAUCAAGUUGAAGGCACAGGCUAUGACACCUACCUCAGAGACGCACACAGACAGUUCAGGGACUAUUGUGGGGUUUGCCGGCGGUGGGACUGGAGGGGAAAUCCAAAGCCUUUUGAGAAGUGUAACUUGGACAUCCCAUUCUUCGAGGGCCACUUCCUUAAAGUUCUCUUUGACAGGAUGGGCCGCAUCCUAGAUCAGCCCUACGAUGUCAACCUGCAGGUGACCGCUGUGCUGUCCAAGCUGUCUUUGUUACCACACCCCCACUUGCACGAGUACCUGCUGGACCCUUAUGUGAACCUGGCCCCUGGUUGCAGGUCUCUGUUCUCUGUCAUCGUCAGGGUGGUGGGAGACCUUAUGCUGAGGAUUCAGCGCAUCCCGGACUUCACACCCAAACUGCUGCUCGUGAGGAAGAGAUUAUUAGGUCUGGAGCCAGAGGGCAUCACUAUCGACCACAUGACUUUGCUGGAGGGGGUGAUCGUGCUGGAGGAGUUCUGCAAAGAGCUGGCGGCAGUCGCCUUCGUCAAAUACCACGCAGCUGCCGCCUCCUCGCCGUAACCUUGCGGCGGUUCAUCCAUCUGCCUUGGCCAGGCAGACAGGUCAGGAUUAAACUGGGCCUUUGGGGUGUGCAGGCACCGGUGGCACAGGGUCGGCAAAACAUUACCACUAACUGCUCAUCCUGCAAGACUGUUAAAGCCCACACGGACGGGUUCAUCGCUCUCCCCCCCCCCCCCCCCCCCCCCCCCCCCCCCCCCCCCCCCCCCCCCCCCACUUGGGCUCCACCAUAAAAAGGGUGUGGUCUUGUUUUUGAGUAGGUCAGAGCACAGACACUGCCCGGCUAGCAGAGGAAUAAGAGGAGGAGGAUAGAGGUCAAAGUGCAGAGAGAUGGUCACUGGACUUAUUUUCAGCCUCUGCGUCCUCCCAUCUUUCUUUCUCACCAGCCAAAAAAAAUAUAGCCCUGUAAUUAUUAUAUCAAUAAGAAAAUGUUUGUCUAUUUAUUUUCUGUCCCGUUCUCACCCUUUUGUAAACAUCAUUGCCUUAGUUUGAAAUCGCACCUUUCAGUUACAGAUGAUUGUUUCCUUUUGAAACAUUUUUAUUUCUACUACUCAUGCGUUGUCUGUUUGAAGACAAGAGGCUGUAGAGAAAAAUGCCCACCACCUUCAAACCCCUCUAUGUACCUGUAGUUACAUACAUAUUGAGCUGCAGUAUUUACGAUACUGCACUCGUAUUUUAUAUGCCAAGUCCUCUAAUUUAUUUGUUUGCUUUCAUGUUGCCUUUUUAACUGUCACAUUAGGAUAAAAUUUAUUUAAAAAAGUAAGGACUGACUAAGCAGAUGCUAUGUACUUUAUCUGCUUACCUUGUCUUUUCCUCAGUUUGUCUUUAAGUGUUUCUCCGCUCGAAGCUCACCUGUAAUCAUCACCACCCAAAGAUGUCACCAUCCGUCACAUUUUGUCAAACGAAAUGGUGAAUUUUGCAAAUGAUGUGAAUUUGCACACGGCUCUCAUUGCAUUGCACUCAUUACAUUAUUCAGGUUCAUUUAUGCUUUUUAUUUGUUUUUUGUUGCUUUCACGAAAGAUGUCGUUGGCAUUUGUGUGGGAAGAGACAUCUUGUUUUUGAUUCCACAUAAGUUCUGAUAUUUUUAUUUUCCAGACCCAGUGUUGCAUUUCUCACACACCAGUGUUUAUUUUAUGCAGGAGAUACUGUGUUAUUGUCUUUUACAACAUUUAUAAUUCUCAAUAAUCAGUUUAUAAUGUUGAUGGGAGGGAUGCGGAGCACCAAACCUCUUUAUUGGAUUUUGAUCCCUAAAACAAAGCUGUGUCUACAUAGUUAUUCAACCAGUGUGAUUCUAACUUUUUGUUGAAAUUAUCCUGUAAUUCAUUGGGAAAACGCAAAGAUUAGAAGAAAGUCUGAACUAAACUACGUCAUCCCCCAAUAUUGUUAAUCAUCUCAUGAGCCCUUCAAUUGCUGUCAUGGCGAGCUCUGACGUUAGUUCAUAGGUUAUCGUGACUUCCUAUGAGGUGUUUGUAUUUACUGGCAGUAUUACCUUUUCAUCCUGAUCUCGAAUGAUCACGGUGCUGUGCAUUGUUGGAACGGGUAGUUUGCUUGUAAUCAGUGAUUCAUUACGUUUGAAUUGGUCUAAAUCAAGAUGCUACUUAAUAUAACCUUGAUUCUUGUCUUCUGUUCCAGUGUGAAUGUUUCCAUGAUUGGAAAGCGUGUUUGUUUGGCGAGGAGUUUGUUUAUGUGUGAGUGUAACGACAUAUUAUUGCAGCGGAGAAUGGACGGAGUCUCGUUGAGCCUUGAGUCUUGUUUGUUUUUGUUUUUUCCCCAUUUCUUCUGCUCUCACCUCAAACCAGGCACCUAAACAACAUUAUGCAACUGCUUGCAUGGAAUCAGAUUUGCACAUUGUCUUUCUCCAUCUUUGUUCAUUAUGUAAAGAUACAACACAAAAAGCUUUUGUUUGUUGUUUUUCUCCAAAUGUUUUGUUUCAAAAAACCAAAAAAAAAAAAUAAUGUAGGAUGGUACCAGGAGUAACAUUUCUAUUUUAAUGGGAAACUUUUUUUAAAUUGUCAAUCAUGCACAUUUUUAAUCAACUCUUUCCAACACGUUCUGUACAUUUAUAUAUUGUAUGUGUAUAAUAGCAAUAGAGAUAUACUACCUGGCGUAAAUGCAUGCUUAUUCAUAAUUUUUCAUUGUUGAAAGAAAGAAAGAAGGGAAAAAAAGGCAGUCCAGCCAUCUGUGAUGAUUCCUCAGCUGUCAGCACUUUGUUCUUAGAAGACACUGACGGGGAGAUACGAUGCCUUACUUCACACUGUGGAUCUCUGAGGACUCCUGGAAUCGACGAGUAAGGGGUUUCUGAUUCACUACGGCCUGUUGUGAUCUUAUUAUGCCUCUCUUGUUACAUAGACUUUGUUUUGUUUGUGAAGAUGUAAAGGACUCUCAGUAUAGUUAAAAAUCUGAUGCCAAUGCAUUUAUUUUCGUGUGUCAGCUUGGACCAAUCACUGUAUGAUGUUGCUGCGUCUUUUUAUGUCCGUCGCUGCUUUUCUUCUGGUGUGAAAUGGGAUGAGUUUCAUUAUACUUCUUCUAUCUCAUGGCCAGUUUGAUUUUGUGACUGUGCAAUGCAUAAUUGAAACAUUAAGGUAAGGUGCAUGCUCACUCCUCCUGCCUCACAGAGUUCUUGUAAGUGAUCACUGCAGUCUCCAGUUUGCUGAGGCACUGGCUCAUUAAUUCCUUCAUUUCAACACGUGUUUCAUUCAGGACAAAAUGGUUUUGUUUAACAUGCUCCGUCCCAAUAAAAAAAAAAAAAGUUCUUCAGAA